GCGGAAGCAGCUUUUCAGAGCUGUUUACAUUGCGCAUUGCUCGUCGCCAAAUAGCCAAUUGGACCAUCGAAGGAGUUGUGUUUUUUUUCUUCAAAUUCUCCGUCACCCUGUCAAUUAAUUAUAUACUUGCUGUCCGCACACCAUGUGCGGCUGGUUCAAGUGACUUCUUGUACGAUAGACACGGAUACACCUAAUGUCAUUUGCAUGGCUUAAUUGUGCUCACUUGCAGCUGAGUGUUGAGGUGAGUGACGAAAAAUGGAGUUGAGUCACAAACACCAAGAGUUCUUUCAGUGGCUCAACGCCUCGGCUGUAAUGCGGAUGUAUUAAUAAUUGAUAAAUUAUUUUUGCCUGUCCACGACCACACCAAUGGUGAAUUGUCUCUUAGCCGUGCGCGCCCAGUAAUUAUAUUGCAAACACCAUAAAUAAAUUCUUGCUAUAUCGAGUCUCGGAUCUCUUAUAGCUGCUGGUGAGAUGUGACAUUGAUCUUGUGGGUUUUCUGUAUCUCACAACUGGAGUAACUUGCAUUCACUAUGUUUACCAUAUGCACACCAUGUCUAUAAUUGGCGAGAAGCAUGAUAAAUUCCGCAUGAAAUGCAUAAAUCAGUGUGAUUUCGUCCCUCAUUGAUUUCAUGAGGGCAAUUCACAGUAUUUACAUAAUGUAUGCGCCAAAAAUAAAUCAAAUGUGUGUUGAUAGAUAAUUAGGGAUGAUUUGAAGUAAAUAUUUGGCCUUCUAAAAAGGGAGGAAAAUGUUUACUCAACAGAAUUCUAAUGAAAGAAAUACGCUGAAAAGUGGGUGUCUGACAGAGAAGUCAAUUCCUUCUAAUUGUACAACGAAUGGUGAGUUGAAUGAAUGACAAAAAACUUGUAUCUGGAAACUACCAGUCUUUGUCCGAGAUUGUCUCUCAACUAUUUUCCUCCCGCAGUCAAUUUGAGAUUGCCUUACGAAAUUCCCCAAGAGAAUUGCAUAAUGUGGGAGAUUUGUUGAUGCUUGAUAGAGCUAAUGGAAGUCCGUGUUCACAGAGAGUGCAUAUUUCAAUGGAAAUUCCUUAGUAUUUCCUUCCAGGCAUUGCAAAAUUUGACCAAUAUGUGUUAGAUGAAUUUUUAAUCCGACAACUUAUUGCAAAAAUCUAAUUUAUUUAUUUUCUUCUGCGUCAUCUCAGUUGUCAAAUUGAGAUUAAAUUACAGAGAAAAACGCCUUGAGUCAUUAUUGUUUGACUUUGCAACAGUUCAACUGUAUUGCUGAAGAUGAUGGAAUAGGAGAAAAGCGAUAUGUACUCAAUUUAGCAACUAUACACAGUUCUUCUCUAUUGAGAUUCUCAGUGAAACUCAAUAUUCUUUUGUCCUCCUCGAGCAUUUCACGGGAAAUGUAGCGAUGAAAAUCACCGACUUUAGAGACACAAAUCUCUUUUGUCUCCGCCGUGCUGCAUUUAAUGGAACUUAUCGUUUCAGGCGAUAAAUCACAUUAUGCAGGUACACAAAGUUCCGCUCAUUCAGAUAAAAGUCAAACACUUAGCGUGCAGAGAUGAUGAAGCUCAUGAAUAUUGCGCGCUUCGUAGUGAAAUCAAUGGCAGAUUUUGAGGGCAGAACUCAAUAAGACGUACGUGAUGAAUGUACGAAUAUGACUUUGAUGUAAAUCGGCAUGUCAGGGGAUGUAAUGGAGUGUAUGGGAAUCCAUAAAUGUGCAUGAAACACACACAAGGUGGCGAAUAUAGCGUGUAAUAAACAACAAUCAACACCAAAUAUAUUGAUAACAUCAUCACUAGGGAAACUUUUUAUAUAAAUUCCCAGUACGAAUCGACGGUGGGAAGGAAAUUAUUUCACCAUCGCACUCUCAUUUUAAAGGUGGAAACCUCGGCAAAUCCACUUCGCCUCCAGAGUUUUCUCUCUUCUGCCCACCAAUCAACGUGAUUAUAAUUGGAGAACAGUCAAAAUGGGUGAUAGUGGAUUUUGGUUGAAUCUCGAUUUGUUCAUUGAUCGUCAGAAUGAGGCUUUGGAUAAUUGGCUGGGCGGGAAGGCGAUUUCCCUCAACUCUCCACAAGAGCCGGAAGAGCCGAAGAAACGGGAUAGCAAGCCUGUGCUGGAAGUUCAAGAGUCAUCGGAUUUAGGUGAAAAUCCAACAAUACAUUCAAUGAAAGUCCUCACGUCGGCCAUUCUGGCCACACGGAAGAAGAAACCACGGAAAAUCCACGUUAAAUCCAACGGCUCGACGCCAGAAAGCAGGGCCAGUGGACGGGGCAAACGGACAGCCAAGAGAUACUACAAAUUGCGAAAGCUGCGAAAAAAGAAGAAACCAUCGCAAGAGGAUGAGGGCCUCGUUGUUGGACCAAUUGUGGACUGCAGCUUCAAUUUGCCACGAGUGAGUAGUCAAUUGGAAAGACUCAUGGGCACGAACGUCGUUCGACUCACGGAUCGCAAAUAUAUGCAAGAACUUCGGAAGAGGAUCAAGGAGGACUACAAUGUUGUGCUUCACAAGCGUAUCGCUCAGAGGGAGGCUAAGGAAGUUGAACGAACACGAAAUCUCCUAAUCGAGGGCUACGCUGGAAAUAACUCCAAUUCCACAGAAAGUCCACCCUUGGUUCUGAUUAGUAAGCAAACCCACAGCGAUAUGGCUCGAAGGCGUGCAAAAGUGAGGGAGUUAUUACUAAGUAAUCCCCCACAAAUAUUUGUCCUUUUUGUAAAUAUAUUGCUUCUAAAUUUAAAGUUGAAGACUGUCCGCGAGAGAAAUGCUGAGAGGCUCGUUCGGCAGGGCAUCAAGUGGGAGAAGGAGCGACUGGCCAACUUGGAACUUGAGCGACAGCGACAAAUUGAGGCGCAAAAGAAGCGCGAAGAGGAGUUAAUGAUUGGACAUGAGGAGAGAUUUGCUAAAAUCGGUCAAAGCACCAGAAUUCAGAUACAAACUGAUAAGUGGGGACGAAGAGAUGAUGAUGAUGAAUUCUCAGAAACCGACAGAUAUGACCACGGUGAUCUAUCGAGUGGUGUCAACAGUGACACAGACGACAUGGGUUCCCGGGAAUUUGAUGUGGAUGAGACAAAUGUACCUGAAAUCAAUGGAACAUCGCACGAAAGGGAAGCCAUUACGAAGGAUGAGGCACUGGAGCAUCUACAGUAUGAGGAUCCAGCUAUAACGCUACUAAAAGCAACUGAUAAUGUGGAUGACCUUUACGCUCUCGCAGAUGAAAUAAUAAGUGGAAGUUAUGGGAAGAAUAAUAGCCACAGAAAUGGAGAUCACAAUUAGCAUUGGUGGUAAAUGGAACAUUAUUGGUGAAAACUCUUAGGAGAAAGAAUUGAUAUUAAGUGGAAAUUGUCUGUUGUAAUGGAUUUUUAGACAGAUUUUGUUGUAUCUCUGUUGAACAUAUCAAAAUAUUAGGACACAAUAAAGACAUAAGGCUCUCUAUGAUUGAA